AUGCCACCCCCACCCAGCUCGUGCGCGCUGCCGGCCAAUGCGACCGACUGCAUUCUUGCGUUUCGCCUGCACACGCUGCAAGACAACGUCGAGACCGCUAUCGCCUGGGUGAAUGCUUCGUUUGCGCCCUUGGUCGUCUCGCAGUACUUUUACGUGGCCGCAGCCUUGCCGCGGAAUGCCACGUUGGUCCAGUACCAAGUGUCGCUGCUCGUGCUACCGGAGGCCGACGCAUCACAAUUUGCCCGCACGUGUCCGUCCUCGUGUUUUGGCGCCGCGAGCUUCUUCUCGGGUAUCUCGCCAGCACUAGCCGCGUCAUCGAUCCCCAGUGGCAACUCGACAAUGGUUGCGAUCGUGCGGCCACCAGACGACGCGCCGUCCGUGAACCUCGCGCUGAUCCUCGUAGGCGCUGUCCUGGGCGCCAUGGUGCUACUGAAGAUGCUUGUUUCCGUCGUUGUGUGGGUACAAGCGCGCAAGACGUCGACGCACACCACAGGCAACGACGACGACGAUAUCGCGUCCUCGGACGACGAGGCGAGUCCCAAGAAGACGCUCAAGCAGCCGCGCUGGCGCAAGUUUGCCUCGACUGUUACAAAGGAGAAGAAGAUGAAGGUGACCGCCAAGCCAGGCACGCUCGAGCACACGAUGCAAGUCAAAGUCCUCAACGACGAGUACUUUCACGAAGAGACCCACGCCGUGGCCAAGUCGCUUUUGGACCUAAGCAGGAAGGCCCGCAUUGAGCUCAAAGCCGAGGAGCGCAAGGGCCGUGCGGCGCUGGAUGUGCACAUGACGCAUAUGCAGCCGGACGAGGUGCUCCAGGGCCGCCACUUGGUGCUGACGAGCGAAAUGACGGAAGGCGUGCUCGUCGCGGUCGUCUCAAAAUCGGCGGCACUCACCACGCGUUGGCUCUUUGUGAACAUUUCCCUGACGCGAUUCAAGCUCAAGGCGUCAGCGCUGGGCAAGCCGUCCAAGCCGAGUUUCAAGGGCAGCGGAAAGCGGUCCAUUGAGUUUGCUUCGCUGCGUGCUGUGACGCCGUACACGGAUGCUCUUCCUCCCGCGUACAAGAGCGACCAUCUCCCGCGGCUGCGCACACAAAUAAACAAACGAAUCGCUGCGAAGGCGACCAAGACACCCACCGUCGUAGCGUCCCAGAAUAUCAAGACGGCCGAAACGCAGGUAGCAGAGAGCACGCAGGUCAACGACGCAAGUCGGCGCAGCAUCUACGUGGUGCACGUCGAGUUCACCAACAAACCCGACAUUCUGUUCGCUGUUGACUCGGCCAUCGAUCAAGAACAAGCCGUGUACACGUGGCAGCGCCUGAGUGAAAAGGAAAAAGCACGAGCGAACGCCCCCGCGCGCUUGAACUCGUGGGCGCUCGUCUCGGCUGAGAGCGCCAAACGAUUCUCCGUCGCGGCCGAGGUCCGACAAGCAAGCGCCGUCUUGGACGCUCCCGAGAUUGCUCUGGUUCCACGAGAGUCGCUACCCGCUACGGUCGCUUCGGCAGACACAGCAGAACCGUAA